GUUAGCCUGCUAUGCUAACAUCCAACAGAACAUGAUGCUACUCGGCUAAAUGCGUUCGGAUCAACUCUUCUACAACACACGUGGUUCUGUUGUGGUUAUAACACUUUUCGGCAGAAGUAAAGCAAGUCGCCAUCUUCCGUAUUCGGUCUUCGCUUCGUUCUCGGAGAAGUUAGUUUUCUAAAGCGUUCGAAUGGAAAUGUCAACAAUCCAGAGUUUAAGACAGUUUAUCCACGAGAGGUUACACACUGCUGCUGAAGACAUAUUUGGAUGUUUUGAAGCGACUGUCACAAAGUACGAGGAGGAGAUCGGUCGUCAUCGCAGACUGAUGGAUGUAACUUUGAAACCUGUAGUAAAGCUGCAGAGAAUAGAGCUCCCACAGCGACAUGUCUGUAUCAAGGAAGAGUUUCCUGCUGACCUGCUGGAGAGGAACCCCAGUCCAGACCAAGAGGAGCCAGAACCUCCACAGAUUAAGGAGCAGCAGGAGGAGCACUGCAUCGAGCUCCCAGAGCAACAUUGUCUUAACGAGGAGGAGUUUCCAUCUGACCAGCAGCUCUGGAACCUUGAGAGGAACCCCAGUCUGGACCAAGAGGAGCCAGAACCUCCACAGAUUAAGGAGCAGAAGGAGCAGCAGGAGGAGCACUGCAUCGAGCUCCCAGAGCAACAUUGUCUUAAUGAGGAGGAGUUUCCAUCUGACCAGCAGCUCUGGAACCUUGAGAGGAACCCCAGUCUGGACCAAGAGGAGCCAGAACCUCCACAGAUUAAAGAGGAGGAGGAGCACUGCAUCGGUCUGGAAGUAGAGCAGCUUGUACUGAAGCAGGAGGAUCAAGAUCACCUUUUGUUGAAUCCUACUUUCAAGGAAAGUGACCACAGUGAACCUGAACCAAGUGACCACCAGCUCCUCUCCCACAGCUCAGCUCAGAGCCAAGAUCUCAACGGAGGCCAGCAUGGAAACUCAAAAUCAGUUAGUAAUGCAGAGCAGGCAUCAGAAAAGGGACAUCAUGUCAUCACAAGAGCAAAAGGGAGCACAAGUCCCAGUAACCUUUCAUGUAGCUCUACCAUGUCAAAGAUUGUGCCGAAUAUCCGCAAGAGUAAAAAGGUUUUCGAGUGCGACACUUGUGGAAAAGUCUUUAAGUGGAAGUCAUUAUUAAAUAGACAUCUUAAGGUUCACAUGGGCGAGAAACCUUUUUCUUGCAAAACCUGUGGGAAAAGAUUUGCGCGUUGCAAUAACCUGCAGAGACACGAGAGAACGCACACAGGUGAGAAAUCAUAUCUUUGCAAAACCUGUGGAAAAAGAUUUGGUUACAAGUUAGCACUAAAAACACAUAUGAGACUCCACAGAGGUCAGAACCUGCAUUCUUGCGAAAGGUGUGAAAAAAGUUUCACAACUAGCACAAAUUUGAAGAUCCACGAGAGAACACACACACGCGAGAAACUUUUUUCUUGCAAAACUUGUGGGAGAAGUUUUACUCGGGGUUAUCACCUGAAGAGACACGAGAGAACGCACACGGGCGAGAAACCUUUUUCUUGCAAAACUUGUGGGAGAAGUUUUACUCGGAGUAAUCACCUGAAGAGACAUGAGAGAACGCACACGGGCGAGAAACCUUUUUCUUGCAAAACUUGUGGGAGAUUUUUUAGUCUGAGAACUACCCUACAGGUCCACGAGAGAACACACACGGGGGAGAAACCUUUUUCUUGCAAAACUUGUGGGAGAAGUUUUAGCAAAAGAAAUAACCUGCAGGUCCACGAGAGAACGCACACGGGCGAGAAACCUUUUUUUUGCAAAACUUGUGGGAGAAGUUUUAGACUGAGAACUACCCUACAGGUCCACGAGAGAACUCACACGGGCGAGAAGCCUUUUUCUUGCAAAACUUGUGGGAAAAGUUUUAGUGCGAGAAAAACCCUGCAGUAUCACGAGAGAACACACACGGGGGAGAAGCCUUUUUCUUGCAAAACUUGUGGGAAAAGUUUUACACGUGGAUCUAACUUGAAAGUCCACAUGAGAAGCCAUAAAGGCAGGAACCCUCAUUUGGUGAUGUUUUCUUCCAACUGGUGCCGUGGACCGACGGACCGACGGACACAUUCGAUAACACACAGAGGAUGAUCUCCUGUCUUUCAUGUCUUCUUCUUUUUCGUAUCCUCUCUCAUGAAAUGCCGCUUUGUAUAAGUUCUGGCUUUUGUGAACUUGCGGCCAAUUGUUCCAUUUUGAGCACCCGUGCUUGUUGUAUAAACUCUGCAGAGCUUAUUAUUAUAAAGACUCAAAAGCAA